UGAUAUUUAUAUACAUAUAUAAAUGUAUGGUGUUUGGGAUCAACUUGGUGCAACUUCAUUUUAUUUAGCCUCACCUCUAUGAACAAAAGCCAGUUCACCUUAUUACUCCCUUAAUCAAAAAAGUUUUUUGUUUUGGAUUUUUGAAAAGGAGAGAAAAAAAUGGAGCUUACUCAACAUGGUUUCUUGGAGGAAUUACUAGCUCCAAGAAGAGAUAAUUGGAGCAGUUUCUCAAGUGUUUUGAAUGAUCAAUUCUACCCAAGUGGAUGGAGCUUUGAUUCAUUUGAAGAGAACCCAGUUUUGGCAAUCUCAAAUCCUCCUCCAUUUGUUGGGUUCUCUAACCCAACUGACCCCAACAACAACAACAACAACAACUCUGAAUGCCCUUUUAUUGAACACACCUUAUACCCUUUUGUUAACCAUGAAUCUGUAGUACUAAUGCCAGAGCUCAACAACAAUGAUACGCCGUCGUUUCCAUCACAAGAUCAAGACUACCCUUCAAUGGUGGAAGAUGAGGAGUUUGGCUUUCUUGGAUGUGAAACUCAGAGCUGUUUGGAAGAAAAUAAAGCUUGUAAAGUUGAAAUGGAACAACAAAAUACAGAGCUUCCUGUUUUUAACAUAGGCCUUUGUGGUAGUGGGGCAGAGAAAAAGACCACCACUACUAUUACUACUACUACUACUACUACUUCUAGGCCUAAAAAGUUAGAAGGCCAACCUUCCAAAAAUCUCAUGGCUGAAAGAAGAAGAAGAAAGCGUUUGAAUGACAGACUUUCCAUGCUCAGAUCAAUUGUUCCUAAAAUAAGCAAGAUGGACAGAACAUCUAUACUUGGAGACACCAUAGAUUACAUGAAAGAGCUUUUGGAAAGAAUAAGCAAAUUGCAAGAAGAAGGAAUGGAAGAUGGGAAUAAUCAAAUCAAUCUAUUAGGCAUAUCCAAAGAGCUAAAACCCAGUGAAGUAUUAGUGAGAAACUCUCCCAAGUUUGAUGUGGAAAGGAGAGAUAUGGAUACGAGGAUUGAUAUAUGUUGUGCAGCCAAACCAGGAUUAUUGCUCUCAACUGUGAACACUCUUGAAGCACUAGGACUUGAGAUUCAACAGUGUGUUAUAAGUUGCUUCAAUGAUUUUUCAAUGCAAGCUUCAUGUUCAGAGGGUGCUCAACAGAGGACAUUGAUUAGUUCUGAAGACAUAAAGCAAGCCAUAUUCAGAAAUGCAGGGUAUGGAGGGAGAUGUUUGUAGAAGAGAAGAAACAAGAGAAGAGUUCAUGAGAAAUAAUAAUAUUAAUAUUAUUAAUAUUUAUUAAUAAUAAUAAUAAAAAUAAAAAAAAAUAAAAGAAGGGUUUUCUUGGAAAAGUUUGAAAGAGAUUUAUGAAUCUUUUACACUCUUCAAGAAACUCAUUUCCAAGUCACAAGUUGUGUGUUGACAACUUUGUGUUUUCUUGAAAUAAUUUAUGUGCUUUUAUCUGAUCCAUUUAUGUAGAGCAUAUUAUGCCAUGUAAAUUAUCUACUCAAAUUGGAGUAAAUCUUUUAACACAAAAAAGGGAUCAUUUAGUUCAUGUCUAACACAUUAAUCAAUGUAAUGUUAUUUAAAUAACUACUUUUAUUCUCUGUUUCUUCAA